AUGUCCUCCCCCGAAGAAGAGAGCAUCGGGCGCGACGUCAUCCAGACGGAGCGGCCAAAAAAGCGGCCAAGGGCGUGUGAUGCAUGUCGAAGGAAGAAAGUGCGAUGUAAUGGCCCGGAAAACCCCGGAGGCGAAUGCACAAGUUGCAUCAACGGCAAGGUCAACUGCACAUACGUUGAAGAAUCCAAGAGACGCGUGCCCACCAAAAAGUAUGUCGCGAGUUUGGAAGAUAGGAUAACAGAUUUGGAUCAGAUUCUCCGAAAACUAUGCCCGGACGAGAAGAUAUACAGCCAAUGGCUCCGUUCGCUCGUCGAGGCAGAUGAUGAGAACCUCAUCAGUCCGAGCCACCUCACGCAAGAGACUUCAGCUUCGAGCGAGGUGGAGAUGAUCGAAGGGAUUACCAAUGCGAUUCGUUUGGUCAACGACGACCUUGCGCUUCCUCAUGAUGAGAUUGACCAUCUGUCUGUAGUCAAUAGCGGCCUCGACACGGACCGAUUCUUUGGAAAAUCCAGCAGUGAGAUGCUCAUCCGCGAGGCGGUAUCCAUGAAAAAGACACUUGUUGGUGGCGAGGAGAGGCCUAUAUUCCACAAGAGGCGCGAAGAAUUCUGGACGCUCAGGCCGUGGGAAAGGAAGUUUCAGAACGUAAUGCCACAGCAGUACACAUUCCCUGAAGCAGACCUCGCUCGGGACCUCGUUGACCUUUUCUUUGAGCACUGUAACCUCCAUCUUCCUCUCCUCCACCGCCCCUCUUUUGAACGAUCAGUGCGAGACUGUCUCCAUUAUUCCAACGACGGUUUUGCUGGUGUCUACCUUCUUGUAUGUGCUGUAGGUUCACGAUUCUCAAGUGAUCCCCGUGUUCUUCUCGAUGGGGUCCAGUCGUAUCAUUCAGCGGGAUGGAAAUGGUUUAAACAAGUUGAAACCGGAAAGACAUCUUUUCUUUCUCUGCCGUCUCUCUACGAUCUCCAGCUAUAUUGUCUGACGGUGGUAUUUCUGCAUAGUUCGUCCACACCCCAGGCCGUUUGGACGAUGACGGGCAUUGCAAUUCGGUUAGCACAGGAUAUUGGCGUUCACAGACGUCGGAGUCGCACACCUUCAGCCGAAGAUGAACUCUGGAAACGAGCUUUCUGGGUCCUUAUUUGCAUUGACAGAGUCAACACUGUUGCUGUUGGACGUUCAGUGGCGAUACAGGACGAGGACUAUGACCUCGACUUCCCUAUCGACUGCGAUGACGAAUACUGGGAACAUCCAGAUCCUAAGAAGCGAUUCAAGCAGCCGCCAAACAAGCCUUCAUCAAUGACGGCGUUCAUUUUGAAAUUGAAACUUAUGCAUAUUAUGAAUUGCUGCAUUCGGGGAGUGUAUUCAAUUAGCAAGAUUAACGAGUGGUGUGGACUAGUGGGAAACAAGUGGAAAGAACGUAUCGUGAUGGAACUAGAUUCUUCUCUGAACAAAUGGCUAGCUUCUGUGCCAGAAUAUUUGGCCUGGGAUCCCCACCGCGAAAAUCUGCAGUUGUUCAAUCUGUCUGCAUCAAUGCAUGCGGCCUACCAUCACCUCAAAAUUCUUAUCCACCGUCCCUCUGCUCCAAACAAACCCUCUUCCUUCCCCUUCCCCUCACUACCGAUAUGCACGAAUUCCGCUCGUGCCUGUGUUCGUAUUGCCAGCGCUUUUCGCAGUCGCAAUGUGGUUGGGCCGCCUCCUACGGUUCAGUUAGCCACUUUCACGUCAGCCAUUAUGCUCCUUUUGAACAUUUGGCUCGGGAAGAAGUCGGAUACUUCCUCAGAGCAAGAUGCGGACGACAUGAUGGAUGUAUUAAAAUGCCUGAACACGCUGAAAGCAAGCGAAGAUCGAUGGUGCCACGCCGGGCGAUACUGGGAUGUCUUGGCUGAGCUCUCCGCAAUGGGCGAGUGCCCUCUUCCGUCCAAGGAUGGGCAACCAGAUGUCGACAUUGUGCCAACGAUGACUUCUAUCAAGACAAUUCACCCCCUUGAAGCCAAGAUUAUCUCCUUCCCACAUGCGCCAACUCAAUUUUACGACCUCUCUCCCGAUAGCGAUGAGACAUGCCCAUCGCUUACUGAUGACGAAGAGGCGUCACCAGUACCAGUAUCGCAGACGAUCACACCUCAUACGUCCAUGCUUCUACAGGGAUCUAUCGUUUCUGUCCGGCCUAGCUUCUCCCCUUGUAACACGGCACCUAGUGCAUUGGACUUGGAUGGCAAUUGUGACUCAACAUCGGCUGGUUCAAUCACAGACUUGGUGGAUUUUUCAAAAAGCGACGAACCGUACAUUGAAGGCUUGGAGCAGGAGCAGUCCGCCAGUGCAUACUCGUAUGACGAUGAAAUGUGGUCAAAUGCGCCGAUUGGGUUUGGAUACAUCGCAAGUCUUGAGGACCGGAUAUCAGGGUUGGAUACGAUUCUUCGCCAGCUGUGCCCAAAGGAUGCGACCUACGAUGACUGGAUUUCUUCCCUGCAUCAAGACCGUCUUGACGCCUCCGCCUCUGCUACGCCUGAACCUCCUUCCCGUCUGAAUACAAACUUUAUUCCUCCGAGCAUAUUUGGGGCGAAGCCUGCUGAAAAUUUGGCGAAAGUGAUCCGUGCAACUCAGAAUCACAUCUCCCAUCCUCCGGACGAGGAAUCCGGUGUCCUACGGAACUGCCCUACCAGCAGCCUUGAUACGAGCAGGUUUUUCGGCAAAUCGAGCAAUGAGAUGCUAGUUUACACGGCACUGUCGAUGAAGCGAGAGUUUAUUGGAUUAGAGGAGCAUGGAAGACCCAUCCUGCGUGACAGACGCGAAGAGUUUUGGACCCUCCGACCCUGGGAGCGGGGUUCUGAACGCGUCGCACCACCUCGAUACGUCUUCCCUGAGCCUGACCUCGCGAAAGAGCUUGUCGACCUAUUCUUCAUUCAUUCCAACUUGUACCUCCCUUUGCUCCAUCGACCAACUUUCCAAAGGUCCAUACAUGAUGGCCUCCACUAUACGGACGACGGUUUCGGCGCGGUUUAUCUUCUGGUCUGCGCUGUUGGCUCACGCUUUUCAAAUGACCCCAGGGUCCUUCUGGAUGGUUUUGAAUCAUAUCAUUCAGCGGGGUGGAAAUGGUUUACUCAAGUUGAGACAGGAAAGACGUCUUUCAUCUCCUUGCCUUCUCUCUACGACCUCCAGCUAUAUUGCUUGACAGUCAUCUUUCUCCAAAGCUCAUCAGCGCCGCAGCCCGUCUGGACGCUAGUUGGCAUCGCCUUACGUUUGGCUCAAGACAUCGGUGUCCAUCGACGCAAGAGUUCGGUGCCUACCGUCGAGGAUGAACUCUGGAAAAGAGCUUUCUGGGUUCUUAUAUCCAUCGAUCGACUUAUUAGUACCGCACUCGGCCGCCCGUUGUCUGUUCAAGAGGAGGAUUGCGACCUGGACUUACCUAUCGAUUGCGAUGACGAAUAUUGGGAACACCCCGACCCCACACAAAGAUUCAAGCAACCACUGAACAAGCCUUCCUCGAUCACAUCAUUUAUCUUGCAGCUGAAGCUCAAUAAGAUCCUUGGAAUUUGUAUCCGCAUGAUCUAUUCGUUGAACAAAAUGAACAUGCGACUUGGAUUUGUUGGCCAGCAGUGGAAAGCCCAUAUCGUUGCUGAACUGGAUUCGGGCCUUAACAAAUGGCUCCAGUCAGUGCCAGAACAUUUACGCUGGGAUUCGGACGACGUCAAGAGCGACGAGUUCUUCAACCAGUCCAUGGCGUUGCAUGCUAUGUGGCAUUACACCCAAAUCCUCAUCCACCGCCCAUUUAUUCCUUCCCCGAAUAAACCUUCCACAUUAGCUUUCCCAUCACUAGCCAUAUGCACCAACUCAGCUCGUUCUUGCAUACACCUCGCCUACACCCAGCUUGAGCGCAAUAAGACUGGACCUCCGCCUCCUGUUCAGAUGGCCGCAUUCGCGUCGGCCGUUGUUUUGUUGAUCGGUAUUUGGGGCGCGCAGGCAUCUGGUUUGCCGCCAAACAAGAACCCAGAUAUGAAUCGCGUGCAAAAGGUCCUAGAGAUUCUGAAGGCUGCCGAAGAACGAUGGCAUAUCGCUGGCAGAUUCUGGGAUGCCCUAUCAGAGCUCUCGUCACCGGAUCAUCCUGAGAGGCGAAGGCAGUCGCAAAUUGGCCUGUCAGGGUUCCAGAUAUUGCAGGUAUCGCAAGAGAGUGCAGAACCGGCAUCUAUGUCUCUUCCCCAACCUCCACUCCCUCAUGUCUAUAGACAGGAAGUUGAUCAACAAGGAAACGGCCAUUCCAGCCAAACAGCUCAGAACGGCUGGAUUAGCCAUGAUCAGGCCGCACCACCUGCCGAUUCCUUCGGUGGGUUUGUGGGCCAACAUCUCCCCUACCAAUACCAAGUCAACCCUCCCAACACCUCUCCGCAAGGUUCGAGCACAUGGGCCAAUACGAGUAAUUUUGCGUCGUUCGCGCAUCCACCACCUCAACCUGAACAACCCAACGGGACUCAUCCAGAUCAGGAAAUGGGUGACAGGGACUUGACUGGGAGCGUCGUGGCCAUGUGGUCAAAUGCCCCAGCUAGCUUUGGAUUGGAUGAGUGGGAUAGAUACUUCCUUAAUUUAGGAUAA